GAAGGGCCAAGUGGGAUGGUGAAGUCCCAAACCAGCCGCCCCGCGGUAGCGGGAGCAGGGAGCACCAUGACCGAGGCAGCCGACCCCGAUGGCGUUUCUAAAGAGAUAGUCCCUGAAUCGUCAGAAAAGUCGCAGGAUACACAAGUGAAGCAUCGCCGGCGGUCGGUGCUCAGAGUCUCCCAACUCCUGCUGCGGGCCAUUGCUGCCCACAAAGGACUGACUCUCACAGCGCUCAAGAAGGAGUUUGGCAACGCAGGCUACCAAGUGCGCAGGAAAUGCAGCCGUCAUUCCUCCGAGGUGCCCAAGCCAGCGUCGGUGAAAGCCACCUUGCUCCGGGUGAGUGGCAGCAAAGCCGAGGGCUACUUUAGAGUCUGGAAGAGUCUGAAGCCCAUCAAGAAACGCACUAAGAAGCCACCUGCGGAGAUCGAGGAAGUGCAACAGAAGCGCUUCGAUUCCCUGUUUUCUCGCCGGUAUAGGAAGCAUCCUCAGGAGCUUUCCCAGCCCACCCUAGAGGACUCAUCCAAACCCGAAAUGCCCGCGGGACUGGAGACGCCCGAGAUGUCCGAGACUCCUCACACAUCAGAGGAGAGGAUCUGCGUGGAGCAAGAGAAUGAAAAUCCCGAAAAUAUAGAGGAAGUUGCGUUGAGCACGGUCUCGGGGUACUCCCUGAGCCAAAAGGCAUCUAAGAAAACGAGGGAAGAGAUGAAAAACAAGGCGAAGCAGCAAAAGAUAAAGAAGAUGAAGAUGAAGGAGAAAUCGAAAAGCCAGAUGGGGUCAACGGAGGGGUCAAAGAAGUCAAGGACAAAGAAGAAAAUAAGGAGGAUUAAGGAGAAUAAGAGAGCGAAGAUAAACGAAGACAAGAAAAUGAAAUCGAAGGAAAAAGCAAAAGAGAAGAUGAGGGAAAAGAACUUUGACCCUGAAAAGCGAGAGAAGCCCCCGCAAAUCCGCCGUCGCCGGGGCUUUUGCAAGAGAUACAGCCCAAACCGAAGUCCCGCAUCAGCCAAGUUGAACAAGAUCCGUGGAGGCCGAAUGAAGGCCCUUGAACCGAGAGCAAGGAGACCCUACAAAGUUUCCCCCCGGAAGGAUUCCUCCCGAAGAGAAAACUCACAAAGGAUAGGUGGACAUCCUUAGUGUUUGGAGGGGAAUCUAGAGUUCUUGAACUGGGGCUCUCGUUCCCAUUCAGAGCUCCCCUCGGAACAAUCUAUGCACUCACUGAGUGAAAUGGACGGGAAGUAUUUACUAUACCUUG